AUGAUUUUCAAGGGGAUUCUGGUGGCGAUCCUAGCGAGCUUGUGCGUAGACGCACAAAACUCCUGCGAUCUCAUCGAAUGGACUGGAGGUCAGUUUGAGUGGCCCAACAGUGCUACUAAAUCCAUCUACAAAUCAUCAGGACGUUACAUACCCAAGAACAUUAUUGCCACAAGAGGCCAAAUCUUCAAAGACGAUGUCUUCCUGGCUCUUCCCAGAUACAAACCCGGCGUGCCAGUAACUUUAGCUAAAGUUAGUUUCAAACAAAAAGGAUGUGAAGCAGUGCUACUGCCCUUUCCUAGUUGGGCAUCUCAGGAGGAGGGAGAUUCGACCACCCUCCAAAACGUAGUAGACUUAUAUUUGGACGAAAACAGUAUCCUAUGGGUUCUGGACACUGGAGUUGUCAACACUUUGACUCAACCCAUUCGUAGAGCUCCGCCUAAGGUUAUAGCCAUCAACGUCUUGACUGGAAAGAAAGUCAAAACUGUAGACCUCUCAGGGCUAGUUUGCCAAGCGUCUAGAUUGCAGUACCUCGUAGUAGAGUAUGCUCCUGAUGGUAGGCCCUUCGUUUAUGUGAGUGACGCAGCCACUAGGUCGAUUUUGGUAUUUGAUGUGGCAGGAAACAUUGGAUAUAGAGUAGUUUUGCCAAGAGCCCUGGUCUGUUCCAAAAGAGAUGUCUUAUACAUCGCUUUGACCCAUAAACCAGGAUAUGAAAACUACUUGGUGAUCACCUACUUGUCUGGAAGCAGAAUAUACAGAAUACGUACAAACUACUUAAGGUCGGGUUGUGCGGAUGGGAAAAUUCAAGAUCUUGGAGCUAAAAAAGGGAAAGUGGUUAUUCUAGGAACCGACCUUGGAUCGGGGCUGUUCUUUAGAUUUGAAGGAAAACCAGAGGUGUACAGGUGGGAAGUGGGAAGAUCCUUCAAGGACUACGAACUCGUCUAUAAAUCUCCAGAUUGUUACCUCCCCACUCACGUUAUUCCUGAUGUUAGUAGACAAAGAGUUCGAGUGUUAGAAAGUAAUUUCCCUGAUUUUAUUCAAAACACUGUUGGUUGCGGUGCCUCGCAAAGGGUAUCUCUGAUGAUAAGUUGCGUAAACCAGUAA